CAGUAACAUCCCAUAAACGUACAGAAACAUCACAGCUAGCUUUACUGGGAUGGAGAGGAACUCACGAAUUCCUUGGCAGGACGACUGCUAUAUGGUUCUGCAAUCUAUUUCUCCAAAAUCUGGAACUCGCAGGAAGAUGGAAGAUUCUGGUUGGCUGCGUAGGCAUCAAAAAUCAUUGCAGCGUUUUAUCGAUGCCUCGUUGUUGAUCAAUGUGGUCAACCACAUGAAGAAGUCAGACCUGCUCAGUGCUGAGGGUGUGGGGCUUAUCAAGGAGGCGGGAUCCUUGAAAGAUAAAGUUCAAACAUUGGUUGAGCUCCUGUUCAUGAGUGACUCGCAGGGCUCUGCUCUCAAGGCUUACUUGCAGAGCUUUCACCCGGAUCAAUACCAACUCAUAACUCAUCAUGAUUCUGUCAUUCAACAGCAUAAGGACGCCCUCCUUCGGCAGGUCAGAGAGGAUGUUGAAACCCUUCCAAACCAAGACACCAGUAACAGCCCUCGUCCCGCCCUAUUACUGGUUGAGGGAGUGUCCGACCUGCAGCAGAGAGAACACGAUCUUAUUCAAGUGUCAGUCAACAGAGGAGUUGGACCGUUGCAUAGCCGCCCACUGGGCCUGGACAAACUGUUUGCUCCCCUGACAAGGGUUAGCACUGCCCCUCGUGUCACACUGACAGUAGGCGUGGCUGGGAGCGGGAAGAGCCGACUGGUCCGACAAUUUAUCCGUCAAUGGAGUUCAGGAAAGUUAUACCCAGAGUUGAGCUUGGCGAUUCCGAUUUCAUGUUGGGAAUUGAGCUACUUUGAGCGGCUGUCGCUUGAAAGGCUGCUUCGUUUGAUCAUUCCAUAUGAUAAUGUGGACGUCAUUUUAAACAGCAGUGUCUGUAAAGUCUUGUUGAUUUUCGAUGGGCUGGAGGAAUUCCGCUCCCCGUUAGACUUCUCAGAAGCUCCUGCUACCUCUGAUCCUCGUCGGGAGCUUUCGGUGUCCGACCUCAUUACAAAUGUCAUUAGGGGAAACUUGCUGCCAGGGGCAUCGUUGUGGCUUUUGUCUAGACCUGGUGUUGGAGCAAAAGUACCUGCAGGAUUGGUGGAUCGUGUGACGGAAAUCCCACCUUUCUCGUCUGUGUACAUUGAGGAUUACCUCCAAAAAGUCAUUGCUGACUCACUGGAGAACUCUUGGCCACAACCGGAACAAUCGACUCAGUCUAAUUCUUGUACAAAAACACCAGAGCACUUGUCUCACCAGGCAUGGACUCACUUAAAUUCCCAAAAACCUUUGCUUAUCCUUUGUUCAGUACCUGGCAUCUGUCACAUCGUCACAACAACUCUGUCCCACCUAGUAGGGAUGGAAUUAGAGGACAUGUCUCCUCCACGAACUCUAACAGAGGUAUACGCCCAUUUCUGUUGGCCACAUCUUUUAUCCAUGGAUCCAUCUGGCGGGAGCAUUCGGAAGCCCCUGGGCAGUCUUGGACGCUUGGCAUUUUAUACUCUGCUGCGCCGGCGCCACACAUUUAUUGAAACAGAACUACGAGCUUAUGGUGUAGACAUACCACCACCACCAGGAAGUCUAGGAUUCAGGAUCCUCCAGAGAGAACAAAGCUGGUCUUCUGAAACUGUGUCAUGGCGGUUCAUACACACCUCCAUCCAGGAGUUUCUUGCCGCCCUGUUCUACUAUAUUUCUUCACGGCGUGGGAUGUUUGACCUUUUCUCUGAGAGCAGUGUCUCAUGGCCUCGUAUUGGCUUCCAGAACCACUAUCGCGCUGCACUCCAGAAGACCAGCGCCUCUACCAAUGGUAACCUUGACCUCUUCAUGCGCUUCCUGUCUGGUCUGAUGUCUGCGUCAACAGGAACUCUGAUGAGCGGGGCGUUAGGAGUGAGUCGAGAUGAACAAGUGACCCAGCGCACAAUGGCGACAACUCUCCUUCAGAAUACGGUGACAGGGUCAGGGAGCGAAGCAGUCAGCAUGCGAGACGUUGCUAUCGUUGCCUGUCUGGCAGAGCUACAGCAAGGAGAAUGGCUACGGUCUGUGGAAGAGGAUUUGAUUGGCUUUAGAUUACAGGGGAAACUGAAGGGUGGAGUUUGUGCAGUUCUGGCAUACCUGCUGCAGGUGUCGGACGCAUGCGCCAAUGAGACGCACCUCUCAAACUGCCUAAACACCACCUCUCUCAAGCAACUCCUCCCACAGCUCCUGUACUGUAGCAAGCUAAGGAUGGAAAAUAAUAAAUUUAAGGACGAUGCAAUGGAGCUACUGGGAAGUUUGCUGAGUGCAAAAGACUGUCAUAUUCAAUCACUGAGUAUGGCAGAUAGUUCAAUUAGCAGUAAGGGGAUCAAUCCAUUGAGUCAAGCUCUUAUGGUUAAUCGCACUCUCACUGUACUGGAUCUUCAUGGUAACAAUAUUGGCAUCAAAGGGGCAAAGAAAUUGGCUGAUGCACUGAAGAUGAACCAGGUCAUCGUAUCAGUCAAUCUUCAGGGUAAUAAUAUACAGGAUGAAGGAGCUCGUGCACUGGCUGAGGUUCUGCAGUCUAACCGGAAGCUUACCACACUAAAUGUUCAGAAAAACAAUAUUGGACCGGAGGGGGUGAAGAGAAUUGCAGAGUCUUUAAAAAAGAAUCAGAUAUUACAAGACCUCAAUGUGUCUAGUAAUCAGCUGGGAGACUUGGGUGCUCUAGCAUUGGCGCAAGCCCUUGCCAACAACCAUACACUUCGUACACUCAGUUUGCAGAGUAACUCUGUCAGUGAUAAAGGAAUGACGGCUCUUACUCUGGCCCUGCGCAACAAUAAAGGCCUCAUUAGUCUGAACCUUAGGGAGAACUCCGUAGGUGUUGAAGGUGCCCGGGCCAUUGCUCGAGCAUUACAAGAGAACAACACACUUAAGGAACUUGAUCUUACAGCUAAUCUUCUCAGGGACGAUGGCGUGACAGCCAUAGCUGCUGCAGUAAAAGUCAACCGAGCUCUGACCUCCUUACAUCUUCAGUGGAACUUAAUGAAGGCUGGUGCAGCUAAAGCUCUAGCUCAGUCCCUACAUCACAACACCAUCAUCCAGAUCCUGGAUCUGCAGGAAAAUGCUUUAGGUGAUGAUGGUGUGGUCUCGCUGGCAGCUGCUCUGAAGCUUAACUCAUCUCUCAAAGAGCUGUAUCUUCAGGGUGUAUCAGCAGGUGAGGCGAGUGCUGUGGCACUGGCUGAGGCUCUGACAGUGAACCAAACCCUUCACACAUUGGAUCUCCGUGGCAACUCCAUUGGAAUGGGUGGAGCAAAGGCUCUCUCCAGUGCACUGAAGACCAAUCAGAGUUUGAGAAGUUUGAAUCUUCAGGAGAACUCAUUAGGAAUGGAUGGAGCCAUCUUCAUUGUCGCAGCACUGAGAGGAAAUCAUCAACUCACCUACAUCAAUCUGCUUGGUAAUGGAAUUCGUGAGUCGGGGGCCAAAGCAGUUUCGGACGCCAUACGAGCUAAAGCUUCAGAAUGUGUGGUAGACAUCUAGUAAUCUUAUACAAACUGUACAAAUUAUUAAAUUAUAUGAAUGAAUGUAAAUUCUUUAAUAUUUAUUGCAGUUAUUAAUUAGUGUCAUUUUUGUUUUGUUGGAUGAUGUACUUUAUUUUUUUAUAAUUUGUACAAAAAGUAUUUUGCUGAAACAUUUUAUAA